AUGAUCGAAGUGAUCCCGGCGGAGGGAGUGAGCUACCUCGAGAUGUAUAAGGCCAUCCGAACAAGCUCGCACCUUGAAGGAUUCCAGCAAAAAAUUGGCGUGGGCACGCGAACGCCCAAGGACACACUACGGCUGCCGCUUAGCCGCGAUGUGGACAGUGCGGAGGUGUGCCAACGCAUCCGGGAGGUCAUCGGCGAGAAAGAUGCUGCGUCCAUCCGCACAGAGAUGUCAGAGGUGCUGGUGACGGGCAUCGACUCUCUGGCGAAUGAAGAACAGUUGCGAAAGGCAGUGCUUACGGCGCUGGGAAAAGAGCACUCGGAUUCCUCUAUUGAUAUGUGGGACAGGCGGGACAGCACUAAGCGCGCCCGCGUUCGUCUGCCACGUACGGAUGCAAAAUACCUGGUCGGGAAGCGUCUUCUGCUAGGGUACACUUCCUGCUGGAUCAGUUGUGCGGAGCUGAAGGCCAUAGCAGGCGAUUUGCAUCCCCGGAAGGCUCCCGGUCUGGAUGGAAUGCCGAACGCUGCAGUUACGGCCGACAUUCGGAAGUAUCCGGAGUCCUUCGUGGCAGUGUAUCAGCGAUGUCUUGACACGGGUAGCAUUCCACAAGAGUGGAAGAGGCAGAAGCUUGUGCUACUGCCAAAGCCGGGAAAGCAACCGGGAGAAGCGUCGUCCUGUCGCCCGAUCUGCCUAAUUAACAACCCGGCUAAGGUGCUCGAGAGGCUCAACGAACACUUGGAGAACCCGGAGACGCCUCAGCUUGCCGACAACCAGUUCGGCUUUCGGAAGCAGCGGAGCACUAUGCAGGCGAUCCAGCUGGUGGUGGAUGCAUGCGUAACGCCCUCUUAG